UUCACAAGAGGAAUUCAAUAUAUCUCCCCAAGAAUAACAAUCCAAAUCCUCUACUCUUAUAGCCAUGGGAGUCAUGAGAAUCAUCUUCUUCACCAUAGCCAUCACCAUGGCCAUAACCAUCGCAACCCUCAGCAUGAACAACCGCAUUGGCCAGGUCAAGAAGAAUACACUGCCUUCCUCUCCCACAGAAGACCUCCAUGGUGUCAUGCAUGACAUCAAGCCAAUGCCUUCAAAGAGGUUAAGCCGCUUCCUUGUGCAGGACAGCAAGACCUCAAGGGGGGCACACCAUUGCCACAAGGACAAUGAAAUCUGCUAUGUCAACCAGGGAAAGAACUCCACUUGCUGCAAUAACAAAUGCAUGGACUUGUCAGAGGACAAACACAACUGCGGUGCGUGCAAUAAAAAGUGCAAGUUCACGGAGGAGUGUUGCAGGGGAGAGUGCGUUAACAUAGCAUUUGACAAGAGGCAUUGCGGGCGCUGCAACCACCAGUGCCAUUACGGGGAGUAUUGCGUUUAUGGGUUGUGUAAUUACGCAUAAUUAAGAGAUCGUAUUGGUUUAUCCAAGUGUAAUUAUAUAAGGAAAAAAAAAAAACAAAAGGCAAAGUCAACGAAGAAGGGUCCCCGGGAAAAGGCCCUAAAAAAACAAUUGAACAAGAAGCAUUGCGGGCGGUGCAACCACCAGUGCCAUUACGGGGAGCAUUGCGUUUAUGGGUUGUGCAAUUACGCAUAAUUAAGAGAUCGUAUUGGUUCAUCCAAAUGUAAUUAUGUAAGGAAAAAAAAUACUAAAGUAUAAUAUAUGAAAAAUAAUUGGUAUAUAUUUAGUUUAAUAUACUUUUUAAUAUUUU